AUGACGCCAUCCGAGAGGUUGCACUUUGUUGUGAACAACCCUAUCGUCGGUGCGUUUAACUUGCUCAACACUGAAGACAAGAAAUCCCCCCUCAAAAGCUUUCUAAAUCAGAAGCCAUGGCAUCCCAUGAACUUUCGGAACCAGGCCCGUGUCUGGGAGGCCGAGCAAGCCAAGUAUGAGGAGGAGAAGAAGAAGGCAGAGGCCAAGGCAGAGUUUGAGGCGGAGCAGGAGUAUCUUCAGACGCUGUCCAUGCUGAGCGCAGAGGAGCAGGAGAAGUACCGGCAGCGACAGACGUUCCUGCCCUCACGCUCCCUCUUCAUCAUGUACAUGCAGUCUGUUUCAUUCCUGUACAUGAAGCCUCCUGGCUACGAUGCGUCUCUGGAGAGGUUGGAGCAAGCCAACCGGGAUGGGACAGCAAAGCCGUCCACGCUUCCGGCCUCUGGAGGGGCAAGCAGCAGCCAGGCGGGGUUCACGCCCCCACCUGGUCCCCUGGGCAAGGGCGCCACGGCAGGCACGACGAGCCAGGCGGGGCCGGGGCCCAGCGGACAGACACCAGGCCAGGGCCCAGGAGGCGGAGGCCUGGGGGCCAACUACCUUGCGAAGAUGCUGGAGGGGUAUCGGGCCGCCAAGGGAGACAAGUUCGAGCUGAAGGGGGGCGGGGCUGAGAUGGGGCGGAGCCCUCCCCGCGGCGGGGUGGAUGCAGGGGCCGCCAACCAACAGUUUGUCAUCGCUGAAGUGGACAGCGAGGAAGAGGAGCGUGCGCUGCGAGAGGCUGGCAUGACGGAUGCUGAGCGCAGGGCGGCAGCCAAGCAGGUGGCCAGGGAGGCUCGUGCCGCCCAAAAGGCCGCAGACAGGAGUUCGGGAGUCUGGGGUCCGUCCCGGUGCACCGACCCCGGCGAGGUGUUCAAGCCCUUGGAUCUUCAAAGACUGGGAAGCUUGGUCCAGGACCCCAGGCCCAUCGACCAGAAGCAAGCGGAGGUCCUGGAGGUGGUGGAGACGCGAGUGGCAGACUACGUGGAGAAGGGCACCGCCCUGGAGGCCGGGCUGAAGGCCGGCGUAGCCUCCGUGCUGCCCCAGGGCAUCAAGGACGCGAUCCCGGCGACGCUGCGCGAGUCGCUGCUGGGGCGGGACACUGGCAGGGGGAGCGGCGAUGCCCCCGCAUCCCGCGCCGAGCCGGCGGCCGCGGAGAAGCCGCAGUCCUUUGCCAACAACCUGCUCCAGCGCCAGCAGCCGGCGCCGGCCACCGCGCCGAGCUCCAACGGCGCCUCUGCGCCGGGCCUGGCCACCUGGACCAUCACCACCGACGAGGAGGACGGCGUGGCGCGUCCGCUGUCGCCUGGCGCGGAUGUGAGCGGCGCCGGCGACGCGCCCCCCGCCAUCCUCGCCGAGCUGGCGGAGGUGCUGCAGGGCGUCGGCGCCCUCAAGUCCACGCUGCUGGCGCUGCGCACCAAUGGCGACCCCGCCCUCGGCACCAUGUCGCGCCUGAACGUCCGGGAGGCGGAGGAGACGCUGCGGCGGCGGCUGCAGCAGCUGAGCGCGGUGCACGCCGUGAGCGCGGUGCCCGACCCGGAGGUCGCCGCUGCCAUCCAGGAAGGCGAGGCCCUGCUGGCCGAGAGUGCGGCCCUGACGGAUUGA